AUGGCAACACAGAAAGUUGUAGUAUUGUUACUGGUAACGUUGGUUGCCGGUGUCUUCGGGGCCCUUGAACAUACUGGAACCUCGGUCAAGCUCAACGACGUCUACUACUUUGUUUCUCCCUUCUCGCAAGGUCAGCCUUGGGGCCGCGGCGGCGUCGAGUGGAAGAGCCACUCGAAAGCACCUGGACUUAUUCCCGUGACGGUGGUUGCGCAGCCAUGCCCCGAGGACAGUCUCCAUAGCCUGUUCACGAAUUGGACCUCCCGAGAUGAUGUAUGGCAGCCCGGCUUCCUCGAGACGGUCCUUCUCGCUGGCUUCGACACCACCAAGUCCAAGGGCGCCGAUGCCGCCACGCGGCGAAGCUACUGGGCAGACACGCUGUCGACGGUGUUGCCCCUGCAGAGCGCCGGCAUCCCGUCAGGCCCAUACUUCCUCGACACGUCGACGGGACAGGUAUACCAGGCAUAUCGCCUCUACGAAGACUUUGCGGGGGCGUUUACCCAGUCUCUCCUGCAGGGACCGGAUGGGCGCUUUCAGACGCUCUCCGCCCAAGUACCCGCCUCGGCCUCCGUGACGAUGGGCGUCCCUUCGCGGCUCUACUUCACGCCCAGCAAGCGCAAGCCCCUGGCGGGCGUCCGGAUCGGCGUCAAGGACAUCUUCGCCCUCGCCGGCGUCAAGCAGUCCAACGGCAACCGCGCGUGGUACGGGCUCUACCCGCCGGCCAGCGCGACGGGCACGGCGAUGCGGAACCUCAUCGCGGCCGGCGCCGUCAUCGUGGGCCUGCAGAAGACGUCGCAGUUCGCCAACGGGGAGCUGGCGACGGCGGACUGGGUGGACUACCACGCGCCCUUCAACCCGCGCGGCGACGGCUACCAGGACGGCGCGGCGUCGUCGGCGGGCGCGGGCGCGUCGGUCGCCUCCUACCCCUGGCUCGACCUCGCCCUCGGGAGCGACACGGGGGGCUCCGUCCGCGGGCCCGCCGCCGUCGAGGGCCUCUUCGGCAACCGCCCGUCCCACGGGCUCGUCGGCCUCGACCACGUCAUGCCGCUGAGCCCGGCGCUGGACACCCCGGGCUUCCUGGCGCGCGAUCCGCGCGUCUGGGACGCUGCCUGUGCGGCGCUGUAUCUCGAUAACUACACCUCCUUUGCCGGCGAUGAAGGGAGUGCCACUCCCAAGUACCCCAAGACGUUGUACGUGCUGGACCUUGCUACUACUACUACCACCACCGCUACCAAGAAGGACGACGACGACCCUGCCACGCUGAUGCGCAAAAAGUUCGCCUCUGACCUGGCUUUGUUCCUGAAUACCUCGGCCACGACCUUGGACCUUGAAAGAGAGUGGGCCACGUCGGGCCCUGCAGAGGGAAAGGGACAAAAUAUUUCUCAGUUAUUGCACCUCACGUACGCGGCCUUUAUCACCAAAGACCAGACCAAGCUUCUUCGCGACCCCUUUUACAAGGACUAUGCCGCCGCGCACGAUGGCCGUCGCCCCUUUGUCGAUCCCGCCCCUCUCGUCCGCUGGGCCUGGGCAGACUCGCAACCCGACUCGGUCCGCGACGACGCUCUCGCCAACAAGACCCUCUUCAUGAACUGGUUCAACGACAAGAUUCUCCCUCCGGCAUCCCCCCACGACCCCCUUGCCUGCUCAUCCGGCUUCCUCCUGCACGCGGACAGCACCGGCUUCUUCAGCAGCCGCAAUCGCUACCUCGACCCGCCUGCGCCGCCCCUGGGGUUCUCCAACGGCGAGAUCUCCGUCUUCGCGGAGACGCCCGACAGCGUGUUCCCCCUCGGGCAGGUUCCCGUCUUCAGCUCCGUCACGAACCAUACCGAGUUCCUGCCGGUGACGAUCGACGUCAUGGCCGCCAAGGGGUGCGACGGGCUGAUCGCGAGGCUGGCCAGGGACCUCGUCGCUGCUGGGAUCUUGACGGCUCCAAAGGUCGGUCCGGGGCUUGACGGCGAAGGAGCGAUUCUGCUGCGAAGGGACGUGCGAUAUUGAAAUUUUGAUCUGGUGAUGAUCGUGUAUGGUGGCCGUUGGCAAGGAGUUUUUCAUGUUCGUUUCUGGAGCAUUUGCCCAUCAUCAUUGCGACGAGCACAUCUUAAGC